AUAAUUCAAAGUAUAUUCUAUCAUCACAGAGGGAUUUAAUUAGAAAUAAACAACAGAAAGAAGCAGGAAAAAUCACAAAUAUUUGAAAAUUAAACAUCACACUCCUAAAUAACUCGUGGGCUUCAGAAGGAAUUUCUAGAGUAAUUAUGCUUUUAACUAAAAGACCAAAAAUAUAUUGAUGUACAUGGAAUGCAGCCAUAAUUAAAGGGAAAUGUAUAGCUUUAAAUAACUACAUUAGGAAAACAACCACAAAAGUUUGCAUCAUAAUCUAAACUUCUACCUGAAGACACUGGAAAAAUAAGAGAAAAGUCAACCAAAAGUAAACAUAAGGAAGAAAUAAUAAAGAUCAAGUUAAAAAUCAAUUCAAUAGAGAAUAGAAAAAUGGAGAAAAUCAAUGGAACUACAACCUGGUUACUUGAAAUGCUAUAAAAUUGAUAACACUUUAGUCAGACUGAACAAGAUAAAAAGCAAGAAAAUAGAAAUUGCAAAGUCAGGAGUGAAAAUUGAAGAAUACAAUUAGUAACCCUAUAGAAAUAUAUGGAAAUGUUAUGAACAACACUAUGUCAAUGAAUUUGACAACUUGGAUGAAACAGACAUAUUCCUAGAAAGACAUAAGAGUAACUCAAGAAAAAAAGCCACAUGUCUGGAUAGACAUAUUACAAGUAAAGAAGUAUUUUAGUAAAUAACACCAUACAGAGCAGAGGUCAGCAAAAUUUUUCUGUAAGGAGCUAGAUAGUAAAUAUUUUGGGCCAUAUGCAACCUCUGUCAGUUCUUUUUCUCCUAUUCCUCCUCUUCCAACACUUUAAAAGUAUAAAAUUUAUUCUUAGUUUAUGAGUCAUACAAAUAUAGGCCAUGGCUUGACUUUAACAUGUGAGCAAUAGUUUAUCACUCCAUGUCAUAGAGAAAAGCUCAGGACUAGCUGACUUUACUGGUAAAUCCCAUCAAAUAUUUAAAUAAUAAUACAACUCUUAUGAAAAAAAACUUUCAAAAAAUAAAGAAUAAGAUUAUUCCUAAAUUCAUCCCAGUUCAGUCCACAAUUUACUAAUUCAGCCAGCAGGUCAGAAUUACUUUGAUACUAAUAAAAGAAAUCACAAGAAAACGACAAACUAGUAUGUCUAUGGUCUCCAUAAAAUAUUAGCAAACCUCAUUUAGCAAUAUAUAAAAAGAUUAUAUACUAUGACCAAGUGGGAUUUAUCCCGCCAGUGCAAGAUUGGCUUGACAUCCAAAAUCAACUAACAUAAUAUACCAUAUUAAUAGAAUAAAAAACAUAUCAGAUUAUCUCAGUGUAUGCAAUAAAAUAAAUUUGACAAAAUAACCUGUACCCAAUCAUAAUAAAAUCUCAACAAAUUAUGAACAGAUUGAACUUUCUCAUCCUGAUUAACGGCAUGAAAAAAACACUCACUUUAAACAUGAAAGCUUCAAAAGACUGAAUGCUUUGCCUAUAAUAUUGGUAGCAAAGUAACAAUGUCUGUUUUCACUACUUUUAUUCAACAUUGCACUGGAGAUAUCAGACAGUACAGUCAGAUAAGAAAUUGCAAUAAAAAGCUUCCAGAUUGGAAAGGAAAAAGUAAAACUUUUUAAUCUCAGACUACAUGAUCCUGUAUGUAAACAAAAACAAAAACAAAAACAAAAAAACUCCUGUGAAAUCUACGAAGAAACUUCUAGAACUAACAAAUCCAUUUAGCAAGAUUUCAGGAUACAGUAUGUAUAGCAAAAAUCAUAUGUGUUCUAAUACUAGUAAUAAUCCAAAAGUGAAAUUAAGAAAAAUAUUUUUAUAGUUGCAGCAUAGAAAAUAGCACUUUGCAAUAUAUUAAACAACAGAAAUAUAAGACCUAUACAUAGAAAAAAUAUAAAAUGUUGAGAUAAGUUUUAAAAGAUCAAAAAGAAUGGAAAAAACAUUCCAUGAUCAUGGAGGACUCAGUAUUGUUAAGAUAGAAAUUAUCUCCAAAAUUAUCAGUAAGUACACGGCAAGCCUUGUCAAAAUUCUAGUAAUACCUUUUGUAGAGAUUGACUAGCUGAUCCUAAACCUAUAUGGUGAUACCUAGGACUUGAAUAGUCAAGGCAAUUUUGAAAAAGAAAAACACAAUUAAAAGACUUACACUAGCCAAUUUUAAAACAUACGAUAAAGCUGCAAUAAUCAACAGAGUGUGGUAUUAACAUAAGAUCAACAUAGAUUAAGAACCUAGACGACUCUCUCCUCUCAGAAGCUGCAGCCAUGAUGGAAGUUUGAGAGUUGAGCCGCUGUGAGGCGAGGCCGGGCUCAGGCGAGGGAGAUGAGAGACGGCGGCGACCGCGACCCGAAGCCCCUCGCAGCGCCUAUGAGCAGCCGCGAGGGCAGCGCCCUCGGGGAGCCGGCCGGCCUGCGGCGGCGGCAGCGGCGGCGUUUCUCGCCUCCUCUUCGUCUUUUCUAACUGUGCAGCCUCUUGCUCGGCUUCUCCUGAAAGGGAAGGUGGAAGCCGUGGGCUCGGGCGGGAGCCGGCUGAGGCGCGGCGGCGGCGGCGGUACAUCCAGGGACCCGGGCCGGUUUUAAACCUCCCGUCCGCCGCCGCCGCACCCCCAGUGGCCUGGGCUCCGGAGGCCGCUGGAAGAGGCAGCCUUUCGGAGGAUUAUUCGUCUUCUCCGCAUUCCGCUGCCGCCGCUGCCAGGCCUCUGGCUGCUGAGGAGAAGCAGGCCCAGUCGCUGCAACCAUCCAGCAGCCGCCGCAGCAGCCAUUACCCGGCUGCUGUCCAGAGCCAAGCGGCGGCAGAGCGAGGGGCAUCAGCUACCGCCAAGUUCAGAGCCAUUUCCAUCCUGCAGAAGAAGCCCCGCCACCAGCAGCUUCUGCCAUCUCUCUCCUCCUUUUUCUUCAGCCACAGGCUCUCAGACAUGACAGCCAUCAUCAAAGAGAUCGUUAGCAGAAACAAAAGGAGAUAUCAAGAGGAUGGAUUCGACUUAGACUUGACCUAUAUUUAUCUAAACAUUAUUGUUAUGGGAUUUCCUGCAGAAAGACUUGAAGGCGUAUACAGGAACAAUAUUGAUGAUGUAGUAAGGUUUUUGGAUUCAACGCAUAAAAACCAUUACAAGAUAUACGAUCUUUGUGCGAGACAUUAUGACACCGCCAAAUUUAAUUGCAGAGUUGCACAAUAUCCUUUUGAAGACCAUAACCCACCACAGCUAGAACUUAUCAAACCCUUUUGUGAAGAUCUUGACCAAUGGCUAAGUGAAGAUGACAAUCAUGUUGCAGCAAUUCACUGUAAAGCUGGAAAGGGACGAACUGAUGUAAUGAUUUAUGCAUAUUUAUUACAUCGGGGCAAAUUUUUAAAGGCACAAGAGGCCCUAGAUUUCUAUGGGGAAGUAAGGACCAGAGACAAAAAGGGAGUAACUAUUCCCAGUCAGAGGCGCUAUGUGUAUUAUUAUAGCUACCUGUUAAAGAAUCAUCUGGAUUAUAGACCAGUGGCACUGUUGUUUCACAAGAUGAUGUUUGAAACUAUUCCAAUGUUCAGUGGCGGAACUUGCAAUCCUCAGUUUGUGGUCUGCCAGCUAAAGGUGAAGAUAUAUUCCUCCAAUUCAGUACCCACACGACAGGAAGACAAGUUCAUGUACUUUGAGUUCCCUCAGCCAUUACCUGUGUGUGGUGAUAUCAAAGUAGAGUUCUUCCACAAACAGAACAAGAUGCUAAAAAAGGACAAAAUGUUUCACUUUUGGGUAAAUACGUUCUUCAUACCAGGACCAGAGGAAACCUCAGAAAAAGUAGAAAAUGGAAGUCUAUGUGAUCAAGAAAUUGAUAGCAUUUGCAGUAUAGAGCGUGCAGAUAAUGACAAGGAAUAUCGUACUUUAACAAAAAAUGAUCUUGACAAAGCAAAUAAAGACAAAGCCAACCGAUGCUUUUCUCCAAAUUUUAAGGUGAAGCUGUACUUCACAAAAACAGUAGAGGAACCGUCAAAUCCAGAGGCUAGCAGUUCAACUUCUGUAACACCAGAUGUUAGUGACAAUGAACCUGAUCAUUAUAGAUAUUCUGACACCACUGACUCUGAUCCAGAGAAUGAACCUUUUGAUGAAGAUCAGCAUACACAAAUUACAAAAGUCUGAAUUUUUUUUUAAUCAAGAGGGAUAAAACACCAUGAAAACAAACUUGAAUAAACUGAAAAUGGAUCUUUUUUUUUUUAAUGGCAAUAGGACGUUGUGUCAGAUUACCAGUUAUAGGAACAAUUCUCUUUUCCUGACCAAUCUUGUUUUACCCUAUACAUCCACAGGAUUUUGACACUUGUUGUCCAGUUGAAAAAAGGUUGUGUAGCUGUGUCAUGUAUAUACCUUUUUGUGUCAAAAGGACAUUUAAAAUUCAAUUAGGAUUAAUAAAGAUGGCACUUUCCCAUUUUAUUCCAGUUUUAUAAAAAGUGGAGACAGACUGAUGUGUAUACGUAGGAAUUUUUUCCUUUUGUGUUCUGUCACCAACUGAAGUGGCUAAAGAGCUUUGUGAUAUACUGGUUCACAUCCUACCCCUUUCCACUUGUGACAACAGAUAAGUUUGCAGUUGGCUAAGAGAAGUUUCCGAAGGGUUUUGCUGCAUUCUAAUGCAUGUAUUCGGGUUAGGGGAAUGGAGGGAAUGCUUAGAAAGGAAAUAAUUUUAUGCUGGACUCUGGACCAUAUACCAUCUCCAGCUAUUUACACACACCUUUCUUUAGCAUGCUACAGUUAUUAAUCUGGACGUUCGAGGAAUUGGCCGCUGUCACUGCUUGUUGUUUGCGCAUUUUUUUUUAAAGCAUAUUGGUGCUAGAAAAGGCAGCUAAAGGAAGUGAAUCUGUAUUGGGGUACAGGAAUGAACCUUCUGCGACAUCUUAAGAUCCACAAAGGAAGGGAUAUAAAAAUAAUGUCAUAGAUAAGAAACACAGCAACAAUGACUUAACCAUAUAAAUGUGGAGGCUAUCAACAAAGAAUGGGCUUGAAACAUUAUAAAAAUUGACAAUGAUUUAUUAAAUAUGUUUUCUUAAUUGUAAUGACUUCUCCAUCUCCUGUGUAAUCAAGGCCAGUGCCAAAAGUCAGAUGUUAUUAG